AUCUACGCGGGAAACUCAAUUUAGCGAAUGAGGACGGAGGAAGAUAGCGGCGGCGAUGACUACCAACUGGAGGAGGAAUUCGGUGUAUGGAAGAAGAAUACUCCAUUUUUGUACGAUCUCAUCAUCUCUCACUCCCUUGAUUGGCCGUCUCUCACCGUCCAGUGGCUCCCAUCACUGCCCUCUUCGUAUCAAGACGCCUCUUUUGCUGUUCACAAAUUGAUUCUAGGUACUCAUACCUCCGAUGAGAAUCCGAACUUCCUCCUCGUCGCAGAAGUCCACUUGCCGGUUAAUCCUUCAUCUUCUAUGAAUACAAAUAUCCAAGACCCCCAUAUCCCUAAGGUAGAGAUAAUCCAGAAAAUACAUGUUGAUGGGGAGGUGAACCGGGCACGAUGUAUGCCACAGAAUCCGUCUAUUAUUGCUGCAAAGACUAGUUCUUCUGAAGUGUAUCUAUUCGACUCCAUGAAGCAGCUCUCAAAUCAUGAAGGAGAUUACUGUGAACCUGACAUGAGAUUGAGGGGUCAUGAGAAAGAAGGUUAUGGGCUGUCAUGGAGCCCUUUUAGAGAAGGGUAUCUCUUGAGUGGAUCUAAUGAUUGCAAAAUAUGCUUGUGGGAUGUGUCUGCAAUGCCUGUGGAUAAAGUUCUUGAUGCAAAAUACAUUUAUGAGGAUCAUGGGAGUGUGGUUGGAGAUGUAUCAUGGCAUCUGAAGAAUGAUAGUUUAUUUGGAUCAGUUGGGGAUGAUUGCAAACUAAUGAUUUGGGACUUGCGCACAAAUAAACAUGAACAAUCUGUUGUAGUUCAUGAGAAAGAGGUGAAUUAUUUAUCUUUCAAUCCACACAACGAGUGGGUUUUGGCUACAGCAUCUUCAGAUACCACAGUUGGUCUAUUUGACAUGAGAAAAUUAACAUCACCUCUGCAUGUUUUGAGUAGUCACACGGAGGAGGUGUUUCAAGUAGAGUGGAACCCAAAGCAUGAAACUGUGAUAGCGUCGUCUGGAGAUGACAGAAGGUUGAUGGUUUGGGACCUAAACAGGAUCGGAGAUGAGCAACUGGAAGGAGAAACUGAAGAUGGACCUCCAGAACUGUUGUUCUCUCAUGGUGGUCAUAAAGCAAAGAUAUCAGACUUUUCAUGGAACGAGAACGAACCAUGGGUGAUAUCUAGUGUGGCUGAAGACAAUGCUCUGCAAGUAUGGCAAAUGGCUGAAACUAUCUAUAAUGAAGACGAUGACAUUUAAACAGCUGAAAAUGCUUCUCCGUUAGGAACCAUGUAUGAGGCUAUUAAUGUUGUAUCAUAAUCAAACAUGUGUUCGGUUUCUAUGCUUCUGCUUGCAUAUGCAUGUGUUUUUUUGGA